ACUUUUUUCUCCCCUCCCCUCCCUCCCCAGCCUUCCCCGCGAGCGGACGCGGCAGCGCCUCUGUCUCGCUUUUUCUUAUUUUCCCCCCUUUCCCCUUCCUUUUUUUUUUCCUUUUUUCCCCCUUACCCCCUUUUCACCAUUUCCCCUCGGAGACGCUUCCCCCGGGCAGGGGCAGAGCCGGUCUCACCCCCCGCCUCUCCCCGGCCCCCGCCGCCCUAUGGCGAGAGGGAACCCCCUCCCCACCCGGGCACUAGCGGCGGCCGUUGGAGGAGUGGGACCGGCGCUGACCGCGGCGGCCUCAGGCCCGGGGGAGUCAUGGAACUAAUUCGCUGACCCCCCGGCCGCAGCCGUGCGUCCCGCUCGCUCGCCAGCGCCCGCGCCCCCGCCCCGGCCCGGUUCCCCCUCUUCUCCCUCCUCAGUCGGUGCCGUCCUGGUCCCGCGCGCCCCGCCGCCGCGCGCUGAGGAAAAUGGGGUGGUAACGUGCCCCCGGAUGACCCCGCAUCACCACUGUGAGGCCUACAGCUCCGCCGGGGAGGAGGAGGAGGAGGAAGAGGAGGAGAAGGUAGCUACAUCAAGCUGGGAGGCAGGCAGAUCCAAAGGAUAUCAUGAAGUUUCCAGGGCCUUUGGAAAACCAGAGAUUGUCUUUCCUCUUGGAAAAGGCAAUCUCGAGGGAAGCCCAGAUGUGGAAGGUGAAUGUGCCGAAAAUGCCUACAAAUCAGAAUGUUUCUCCAGCCCAGAGAGAUGAAGUGAUUCAGUGGCUCGCCAAACUCAAGUACCAAUUCAGCCUUCACCCAGAAACAUUUGCUCUGGCUAGCAGUCUUUUGGACAGGUUUUUAGCUACUGUAAAGGCCCAUCCAAAAUACUUGAGUUGUAUUGCAAUCAGCUGUUUUUUCCUAGCUGCCAAGACUGUGGAGGAGGAUGAGAGAAUUCCAGUACUGAAGGUGUUGGCAAGAGACAGUUUCUGUGGAUGUUCUUCAUCUGAAAUUCUGAGGAUGGAGAGAAUUAUUCUGGAUAAGUUGAACUGGGAUCUUCACACAGCUACACCAUUGGAUUUUCUUCACAUUUUUCACGCCAUUGCAGUGUCAACUAGGCCUCAGUUACUUUUCAGUUUGCCAAGACUGAGCCCGUCUCAACAUCUGGCCGUCCUUACCAAGCAACUCCUUCACUGUAUGGCCUGCAACCAACUUCUGCAAUUCAAAGGAUCCAUGCUUGCUCUGGCCAUGGUUAGUUUGGAAAUGGAGAAACUUCUUCCUGAUUGGCUUCCUCUGACAAUUGAGCUGCUUCAGAAAGCACAGAUGGAUAGCUCCCAGCUGAUCCACUGUCGGGAGCUCGUGGCACGUCACCUUUCCUCUCUGCAGUCUUCCCUGCCUCUCAAUUCCGUGUAUGUCUACCGGCCCCUCAAGCACACCCUGGGGACCUGUGACAAAGGAGUGUUCAGAUUACAGCCCUCCUCUGUCCCAGGCCCAGAUUUAGGUUUCUCCAAGGACGACAGCAAACCGGAAGUGCCGGUCAGAGGCGCAGCAGCCUUCUACCAUCAUCUCUCAGCGGCUGGGGGGUGCAAGCAGAUGUCUGCCAAGCGCAAAGUGGAGGAGAUGGAAGUGGAUGACUUCUACGAUGGCAUCAAGCGGCUCUACAAUGAAGACAGUGCGCCAGAGAACGUGGGUUCUGUCUGUGGCACUGAUUUAUCGAGGCAGGAGGGACAUGUUUCCCCUUGUCCACCUUUGCAGCCAGUUUCUGUCAUGUAACUUCGAGUGCAAACAAGGUAGACCACUCUGGGAACGGGACCGUGGGAAACCGGGAAAGGCUGUAUGAAGGUGUGUACCUUAGCAGGCCAGUCAAAGUGAGCCAGAAAAAAACCCCAUUUACUUGUGUGGCAGAUGAGAAUCAACAUCAUUUAAGCAUUUAAAGACCCAAAAAAAGUGUAAAAUUCAAAAGAUCCAAAUUUUUUUUAAAGUAAAAAAAAAAUUUUGGAGUGUUUUGUCAGUUCCAUCUUUUUCUCU